CGCCAGGAGCCCGGCGGGGAGGCGGCAGGAGGGGCCGGGACCGACGGAUUGAGCGGCGGUCACAGCUGCAGGGAGACUGCCGGUCGGCGGCUCUGGGCCGCGCGCCGGGAACCUCUCGGGGUGGGUGUGCGCGGCACCCCCUGCCUGGCCACCUGCGCCCGUAGGAGGCGGCCCGCGCGCGACGGGACCAGCAGCAUGAGUAGCGGCUACAGCAGCCUGGAGGAGGACUCCGAGGACUUCUUCUUCACCGCCAGGACCUCCUUCUUCAGGAGAGCGCCCCAGGGCAAGCCCCGCGGCGGCCAGCAAGAUGUGGAGAAAGAGAAGGAAACGCACAAUUAUCUCAGCAAAGAAGAAAUCAAAGAGAAAGUUCAUAAAUACAAUUCAGCAGUCACAGACAAGUUGAAGAUGACCUUGAAUUCAAACGGGAUUUACACUGGCUUCAUUAAAGUGCAGAUGGAACUCUGCAGACCUCCGCAGACUUGCCCGGACUCCGGGAAGCCGGCGCCCAGCAGCCACGGCUGCAUGAACACGCUCCACAUCAGCAGCACGAACACUGUGGGGGAAGUGAUCGAGGCCCUGCUCAGGAAGUUCCUGGUGACCGAGAGCCCCGCCAAGUUUGCACUUUACAAGCGCUGUCACAGGGAGGAUCAAGUCUACGCCUGCAAGCUCUCAGACCGGGAACAUCCACUCUACCUGCGGCUGGUAGCGGGGCCCAAAACAGACACACUUAGUUUUGUUCUCCGUGAACAUGAAAUCGGAGAGUGGGAAGCCUUCAGCCUUCCAGAACUGCAGAAUUUCUUGCGCAUCUUGGACAAAGAAGAAGACGAGCAGCUGCAGAACCUGAAGAAGCGCUACGCAGCCUACAGGCAGAAGCUGGAAGAAGCCCUCGGCCAGGUGUGGAAGCCGGACUAGGGGCUCCUGUGGCUCAGGGCGGCGCAGGGACCGCGGACAAACCGGACAACCGGCAGCAAGCGUCUCUUCUCGGAGGGCUUUUCCUUGCCCUGUGAUGCGAGGCUCCUCCCCCUUUAUCUCUAGAUUUAGUUCCCCAGCCUGGGCACGCAGCACCUGCGCCCUCGCGGCCUCUAGAAGGGACUGUGCGCGUUCGGCGUUCUGGCGCUGCGGCGCUGCCUCCUGGCAAGCUGUGAAUCGGGAGCGGCAACAGCGCUUUGAAGCAUGGACUCUGGGUUUUUGUUUUCUCAUUUUCUUCUAGUUAUUUUAAUUAUGUGAGGAUGAUGUUAAGCUUAAGGAUGCGCACAUGAUUUUUUCAAAGCUUAACAAGGAAUCUGUUUGAAUACUUGUCCUAUGUUGAAACUACCUGUUUUUUUUUGUUUGUUUUUAAAUAUAUCAGAGGGAACAGCCAUGUGAAUUGAAAGGCACAGGAAGCUAGGAACUCUGAGGACUUUGUGAAGGAUUUUGCAGGAGCUUGACAUUUCAAGGAAAGAAAGAGCAAGUUUGGAAGAAGGCCUGAGUGGAGGUUGGGGGAGCUCUGAGGGAGGGCGGUUUGGAUGAUGAGUAGCUGGUGGAGAAGGGAAAGGUGUAUUUGUUUGUGAAGGAGUUAAAAAGCAUUCAGUUUUGAGGUAUUGAACCCACUGUAGGAUUACUCGAUUUCUUGGUGGGUAAAAUUGGGAACAGAGCCAAAGAAAGUGGGAGGUAGACCAAAAAGAGGGGCUUGUAAGUGCAGACGUAGGAAGGGCAGCUUUCAGGCAGGGGACCUCGCAGAGCUGGGCGGGGCCUCGCAGAGCUGGGCGGGGCCUGGAGCCCCCUCGUGGUCCAGUCCAGAUUCUGUCUUCCUCCAGUGCAAGGUCAGUUGGUGCAGGUUUUCUGGGCAGGUGGAGCAGGGACUAUUUGCUGACUCCUGUUAAAUUACAGCUUUUUCCUGAGAUUGUUUUCAAAGCUGAAAAGGAAUCUGGGUAGGGGUACCUGUUUCUCCCUGAGUGUCAGCCUGGAGGUUCGUCAGGUAAAGAGCUCACAGCACACACUUGCGACAAUCAUUGCCUCCGUUUCCCUUGUUCUGUCCCCUCCCCUCGGUUGUCCUCCUUCCCUCUCCCUUUCUCUUCUUUUCCUUCUGCCUUACUCUUAGCAGUUGGAGUGUGUUCCUGCAGAGUGGAGACCAGGGGUAUGGAUGAAAGACCUAACACAGUCAGACCCUGAGUUGCAGAGGAGGGCUUGACUGGAAGGAGGAGGGCAGCCAGAAGGGGGGGAAAGUCCACCCCCAGCUAACCUGACCACAGGAGGAGCUCUCUGCGGGAAUAUUUUAACAAAAGUGCAUGUUCCCACCAACCAAAGAAAUGCAUGUGCAAUAGAAGCCUUCCUUACAGCAGGUUAAAUAAACUCAUUUUGUGCAGUAAUUAAUCUGAAAGCAGUGGGAAAGGUGUGCUGUGGUUCUAGAGGGGGAUUUAGUCUAUUUUUUUUUUUGUCUAGGUUUUUUGUUGUUGUUUAUAAAUUCCCAAGGAAUUGUUAAUGCUUUGGUGACACCUAAUGGAUUCUUUGUGAAAUUCCAAGGUGCUUCAGUUCUUUGCCUUUUAAGUGAACUGUGCCUUUUAUUGCAUUUCUGUUUCCCUCCUGGGGGCUCUCCUGAUGGUCAGAGAACUCCCACCAUGCUGGAGACAGAUGUGUCGGUGGUGCUCUGCCACACGCUACUGAGACAAUCGUAUCUUCCUAAGCUUUUUAAAGAAAGUUGGAAAAGAAGAAAAGUAGAACUAGCUAUAAAAUAUGUAUGGCACCACUUGUUUAAUUUUGCAUGCGACUUCUUUUUAGUCCAUUGAUGAGGUUUUAGUGUCAUUGUCACCCAACACUCUGUUGUUCAGGGAAUGGCUUCAUGGUUUUCAUCCUGGUUUACUCUUCAGACUGUAGCCUGGGCUUGAGUAUAGUGUUAUCAGCCACCUGGCCUUUUCAUGGCCCAUCCCAGCAAGCUUAUAUUUUGUGAAGCAUUUUUUUCUCAGAUUAAGAUAAGACACUGUUAGAACCUAAUGUAGUAGCUGGUGGGCAUCUGUGAAUUUUUUUUUUUAACUUGAAGUAGAUUGUCUAAAAUUGGCACCCUCACCUGUGUUAUCCAGAAGCCUGUUAAGUGUCGUGUGCGCUACAAGUUCCCAUUCGGAAGACUUCCUGUGUUGAGACUCUGUCAGCUCACAGUGGAAGGUGGCGUUCUCUCCCAAACACUGGUCACUGCAGCGGCAUUAUUAAUGCGUAAAAGAAGAAGGGCCCCCGAGGCCACGGACGUUUAAAAAUCAUUAUGCAAAUUCUUAGUUGAAUUAAACUAUCUAAGCUUUGCUGUAAUACUGUUUUCUCUUCAGUAUGUGAUGGUACAGGAAUGAUGUUAAAUGAAGGGGUAAGUAUUGCAGGGGAGCAUCUUAAAUCACAGACGUAAGAAGUUAUAAUAUUUAUAAUUGUGAUAAGUUUUAAGUUUAUUUUUAUAGGGAAGAUUUUUCAUCCCUAAAACUGUUUUUGGAAUGGCAGUUUGUUCCCAUUAUUAAAAGUUGAUGAUGUUA